AUGACCGGUACCCUCUUCCUAUACCAGGGCCAGGAGAUCGGUAGGGUCAGUGCGCCGCCUUCCUACCCCGUAGAAGAAUACAAGUGUAUUCGCUCUAUCAACCAUUACAACAAAGUUUGGCAGCAUACGGGUGGUGACCCCGUGGCGUUAAACCAAGCAUUACACGCGCUGCAAAAGGUAGCUCGUGACCAUGCUCGAGUGCCGAUGCAAUGGGAAGACUCCGCCAAUGCAGGUUUCUGUGCUGCCUCCGUGACCCCGUGGAUGCGCGUGCUAGAUGCCUAUCGGGAAAUCAAUGUUACCAGCCAAUUGGGUAGAAAAGGAAGUGUCCUUGAGCUUUGGAAGGCCGUGAUCCGAUUCAGAAAGCAGUACAAAGAUCUAGCCAUUUAUGGACAAUUCCAGGCGAUUGAACAACAUGAAGAUUUGCUGAUCUUCCUCAAAGAGGCUGCGGGUGGUAGAACCUCGUUAACGGUCGCAAACCUCAGCGACCAGCCACGAGAGUGGGCGUUUCCCCAGUCGUUCCCGGGGCUGAAGCCGUCUAAUCUUGCACUGAGUACUUCUGAUCCAAAAGGGUUUCAUCAGUCCACACUGGCCGCGUUUGAGGGGAGGGUUUAUGUUUCAGACAACGGCGGCUAA